CAAAUGCGCUUUUGCCACCACCAUCGCUCUUCGCUCGAUUUCUCCAAGCUUCUGAAUUCUGACACAGAAACCCCGAAACCCCCUCUUCCCCUCUCUCCAUCUUUUCACCUUGCUGCUUGCGCGGUAUUGCUGCUGCAAACCUGGAAUUCACAGGGGCUUGAGAAAGUGCGAGAUCAACUGUACCAAAUUCAUGGAGUGCGUGGUCCAAGGAAUUAUAGAAACACAGCAUGUUGAGGCCCUUGAGAUUCUUCUUCAGGGUCUUUGUGGUGUUAGCAAGAAAAAUUUGAGGGUCCAUGAGAUAUGCCUUAAAAGUGGCCCAAACCUUGGGCUUGUAGCAUCAGAGGUUCGACUUAUAUGCGAUAUUGAACAAAGUGAACAAACUGAACCGACAUGGACCAUAAGGCAUAUAGGGGGUGCAAUGAGAGGUGCAGGUGCUGAGCAACUUUCAGUGCUAGUAAGAUCUGUGGUUGAAAGCAAAACAAGCAAGAAUGUGCUUCGCUUUUUUUAUGCACUUGGAUACAAGUUGGACCAUGAGCUGCUAAGGGUGGGAUUCUCCUUCCAUUUCCAGAGGGGCACGCAGAUCAAUGUGACCGUGUCAUCAGUUAAUAAGAUGCUACAACUCCAUGACGUAGAUGCGGCUGUCCCUGUAACUCCUGGGAUACAGCUGGUUGAAGUAACAGCUCCUGCUACAUCUGAAAACUAUGCUGAAGUUGUUGCUGCAGUAUCAUCUUUUAGUGAAUAUCUUGCACCGCUCCUGCAUUUGUCAAAACCGGGCACUUCAACUGGGGUUGUUCCUACUGCUGCUGCGGCUGCUGCAUCUCUUUUAUCAGAUGGUGGGGGUACGACCUUAUAAGCAGAAGUUGUAUAUUGCUUUGAUUUUAGUAUCUCAUGUCAAUGAUGAAUGAUAUAUCAUUUCUGCCAACAGAACUCCCUGUCAAACUUCGUAUUAACUCCCAAGUAGUUUUUCUUUCCAAUAACUAAAACUUUAGAUA